CGUCCUGUUGGUCACGACAGACGCGUUUCCGUCGUGUUGGUGUUCCUUGCCGACAAUCGGUGUGUAGUGCGUUUGUUUACGGCUAAAACCUAUACAAUAUACCUACAACCGUGAACGUUGAAUAUUAUUUAAUUUAAAAAAUAUUCAUCUAUACAAUAAAAUAUUAUAAUAUUGUAUUAAAUAUUUUGUCGGGUUAUCAACAUUCCGUGCGGUGGAUUAAACACGCCCGCCCAAAUAAAAGUGAUAAAAGUCAAUAUAUAUAUUAUAUAGCUACAUGUAUAAAACAUAAAAGGGGAAUAACUAUUAAUUCGUACACGGAUAUUUUCGGGCGGGUCCGAGAGCGCACCGUCGCUGUGAUAAGAGUGAUAAAGUGGUACGAGCCACGAUCGCGGCCGGUCGUUACAUAACAGCUAUAUGCACGAAAAAAGGUAAAAAGACUAAUAGAGUACAAAAUUUAAUUAUGAAUCAACAAUUGUUCUUCGUACUCAACGUUAGUAGCAACCGCGCAGGAAAACGUUUUUCCGUCGUAAUCGAGUGUGUUUAAAGACUACCAAAACGGAUGUUCGCACACGGUAGUUUUUUUUUCGUUUUUGUUACGCCACAGCCAACUGUAAAAACCGGUUACGGCCGUGAAAUUGGUUGAUCCGCGUGUGUCCAUAAUAGGAUUUUUUUUUGAGUCCUAAAAAAAAUCUACCCAAACAAUUUUUAAACGAUUUUUGUCAACAAUGUUUGCGUGAGUUACGAGUCCCUUUGACGUUGUCACCACAGCCGUCAACCCAUACUCAACGAUGUCAACAGCUCCGUUUGUAGUCAAGCACGAUGGCAAGAAGCACAACAUCGAGCACUUCUUACGCUUUCAUCCGGGUGGCACUAAUACGUUGGCUGCGUUAAGAAAUAUUGACGUUACUGAUCGACUUGUUGCUACCCAUCAUUCUGCUGCUGCUUAUGAACUGCUCAAGGACUAUCAGGUCGAUGAACAAGAUGAACGUAAGCACAUCAGAGAAAACGGUGACUUGGAGAGUCUUGUAGACUGGAACCGGCCCAUGUUCUGGCAAGUAGGUUCGCUGGGUCCGCGGUAUAAAGAAUGGGUGUUGGCUCCCGUCGACAGAAAGCUGAGGUUAUUCGGUUCAGAUUUAAUCGAGUCGCUCACUAUUACCUCAUGGUACAUGGUGCCGUCGAUUUGGAUACCUGUGAUGUUAUGUUUGGUAUAUACUGGUUACCAGAGACUAAAGAGUCACAUGUUAGCCACUAGUUCAAUAUAUCAGUCGUCUACGUACGAUUACUUAUCGUUAGGAACGUGGGUUAUAUGGUCCACCGUACUUGGCCUAUUGUUGUGGCCUCUUAUAGAGUAUACAAUCCAUCGAUGGUUGUUCCACCUACAGCCGCCGGACAAUUCACCGCUACUCAUCACGUUACAUUUUGGCAUUCACGGACUGCAUCACAAGGUGCCAUUUGACGACCGACGGUUAUUAUUUCCCCCGGUACCCGCGGCCAUACUCAUAUCCGCUGCUUAUGCCAUUUACCUUGCGUUAUUUCCUUAUUGGAUGGCACCACUGGUAUUGGCCGGUAUGAUAGCUGGCUAUGUAACAUAUGAUUUAAUACAUUUUUAUUUACACUACGGGUGUCCCAGCCAAGGCUCAUAUUUGUACACCAUGAAAAGAUACCACAAUCAACAUCAUUUUGCGCACCACGAAAGCGGUUUCGGUAUCAGCAGCCAAUUUUGGGACCACAUAUUCGGCACAGCAAUUGCACUGAAAAACCUUAGCCGAUGUUUGAAAUGGUACUAAAGCGAGUACUAAUAAAACACGUGCCUUAUAUUAUGUAUUACAAAUUUUAAUUUAUAUAUAUAUAUAUAUAGGUUUUAUAUAUUAAAUAAUUGUUUAAUUCAUUUUUUUUUAACUCUCAAGCGUGGAGUCGCUCUCCUACCACCAAGCAAAUAUUUAUUAUUUUUAUUUUUUAAAUGAUUAAUUUAAAACUUUAAAGCCACACCCGAAGUAAACGGUAUAACUCAGUAUAUAAUUAUUGAAAUGUUUUGUUAUAAUAUUAUUACUAUAAAUAUUUAUACAAGGUCGCUUUUUAUUGCUAUUUUUGUUUUAAUAAAACGGCAUUACAAAAAACAAAUAAAAAAUCUAAAAAUA